AUGGCCGACGAGAUGAUGAUCAUGCGGUUCAUCCGCCCCAUUUACGACGCCAUCGACAACCGCCAGUACAAGAACGCCAUCAAGCUCUGCAACCAGAAGAAGGUGUGCGACAUCGACCUCGUCCAGGUGCUCCAGGCGCACUGCCUCGAGCGCAUUGGCAAGGUCGACGACGCGCUCCGCAUCGUUCGCCGUAUCGCGCUCAAGAAGCCGACCGAAGAGACGAUUCUGAGCACGAUGCAGCUCGUCUUCAAGCUCUGCGGCGCUGCCAACGAGAUGCUGCCCGUCUACGAGAACGCGGCCGCGGUCCAGCCGUUGAACGAAGAGGUCCAAGCGCAGCUCUUCCAGACGUACGCGCGGUCGCUCUUGCUUCCCAAGCAGCAGCAACUCGGCUUCAAGAUGUACAAGGCGUUCAACAAGCUCCAAUACGUCGGCUGGGCGUGCUUGAGCAUGCUGCUGCAAGUGACCAUCGAAAAGUCGUUGCCGAUGAAGAUGCUGCCGCUCGCCGACAAGAUGCUGGCGAAAGCCCUCCGCGACCAUCCGUCCGAAGCCAACGGCGAGGCCGUGUCGCUGCUGGUGCUCUUGCUGCAAGCCCAAGGCAAGGCGAAUGAAGCCAUGGACGCAUUUACCGAGUUCAUCCACGUCCUGGACACGGACGACGCGGUGACGACCAAGCCCCGCGCCCUCGAAGGCGACGGCGUCCCGGAGGACGAGAUCGAGCUCGGCCCCAUGCAAGCCAUCGACCGCCUCGUGCUCGAAGCUGGCCUGGCCAAGGACGUCGGUGACCUCGAACGGUGCGCGGCUGUCUACAAGACGCUGCUGACAAAGUACAACGCCGACGACUGGGCGUUCUGGCUCGGCUAUAUCGAAUCGGCCAAGUCGCCAGAAAUCGUGCUGCCCGUGAUCACGUCGCUCCAGAAGGAGCAUGGCAGCCGGCUCCGUGGCCCGCACUUGGCCGAAAUCGAGCUGCACUUUCAGCAAGCCGCGCCUGCGGACACGCUGCUGCCGCUUCUCCUUGGGUACAUGGAGCGCUUCGCGAGCAAGAGUUGCUGCUUUACCGAUCUGCAGCGCUACUUCAGUACGCUUCCAUCCGGCGCGCGCACGGCGUUGGUGGCAUCGAUCUCGACCGCGCUCUCGACGACACUGACGGCCACCGACAUUCCUGGCGCAACGCUCGAGUUUCGCAAGAGCCUGCUCUCGCGCAAGACGCUCCGGUUCCUUGGCGAGGACGCGCGCCUCCCUCCAAGCGACCUGAUCGCGAAAGCGAACGCAUACCUCGCCGAGUACGAGGCCGCCCAGUGGCUCAACGAAGCCAAGGUCGGCGGGCAGCGCGAGGUGCAGGUCACGGACGAUCUGCUCUUGCUCGCCGUGCACUUGCUCUUGGACGCGUACCACGUCCAGUCCUCAAUCGACCUUUUGGUGCAGGCGGCAGCGGCGCUCGAGCUCGGCUUGCGCCGCAGUGCGUACAAUUUCCAGAUGAAGAUGCUGCUCUGCCGCGUGUAUGCGCUGCUUGGCGCGGGCGACGCCGUCCUACAUCGCUACAAAGAGCUCGACGUCAAGCAGAUCCAGCUCGACUCGCUCUCGCACCUUGUGCUCGACGGCCUCUUUGGUUUGCACAUGGACAAGGACGGUCUUCGCCUCUGCGAAGCGAUCCGCAACCUGCACAAGACCACGGCGCGCGACACGCCCGAGUUUAUUGGCCGCGCGUACCGUCUCGGCGUCUACUCCAAGGCCCAAGACAUGACGUCCUUCUUGCUCAGCAAGAUGCGCGUGUCCGAGAUGCUAGCGCUCGCGACGGCCGAGCUCGCGCACGCGCAGCUCCUCACGGCGUGCUCGUCGGCGACCUAUCUCCACGGCCACCUCGGCGACCCGUCGCUGCAGACCGAGCUCGACGAGCUGCUGUCUCCGGAGAAGACGCUCUCGGCCAACCACCACCGCGAAGUUGAAGUCACGUGGACAGCACCGAUUAAGACGGACGGCGCGUACCUCUUUGCCGCUGCUGGCGUCUCGAGCUGCGACCGGACCCGCGACAGCACGAGCCUCCGUGCGUGGCUCGAGCUGCGCGCGGUCGUGCCCAAGCUUUUGGCGGCUGCGCUCGACGCCUCGCCCGAGACGGCCACGUAUAUCGCAACAUUGCAGCGCCUUCUCAGUGUGCUCUCGGAUCCGUCCAUGACGGCCGAGUGGCAACUCGUCGCCGAGGCGUCGCAUGCGCUGGAGGCUGUGGUCGCGAGCGACCUCCCGCGCGCCAAGGCCGCGCUGGACCGUCUCGCGUUGGUGAUCCCGACAGUGACGACGCUGCAACUGCAAGCGGUCGACGGUGUGGUCGCAGCCCAUGCACUCUCGAAGGCAUCGAUCUUCCUGCGUGACGUGGUUCCGUACAGCUCGAUGCUGCUCUCGGUGGCCAUGAAGCUCUUGAAGCCCAAGAAGAAGACCAAGGAUCCGGUCCAGAAGGACGUCUCGGAGCUACUGCGUCAGCUCGUGCUCAAGAUGACGACGCUGCUGACCGCAGGCGACAAGGCGCUGCGCCAAGUGCACGUCCGUGUGGAUGGCGACGCGGCGGUCAAGGACAAGGUCGAGUCGGCGCAAAAGGCGACGCUGGAGCGCCUCUCCAAGACGAUUGCGGACCGCGUCGCGUUCCUGCGGUCGUUGUAG